ACCGAGCGCGGGAACCGAGCGCGGGAAACGCGGCUCCCACGGAGCCCACGGUGACAACAAAACCACUUGCGCGAAGAGGUUCGGUACGGCGCUAUGGGUAACGCACCGGCGGAAGAUGAAGUGGCACUCUUUGAAAGAGAUAUGAAAGAGUUUUGGGUCCAGUUUAAAAUCAGUUACGGCACUGAACAGAACAAUCAGACUUCAGCGCUGAAAGAUUUGUGCAAGGAGACUUUAGAAGCUCUUGCAGCGAAAUGGUCCAAGAAGCUGAAAGAAGAGGACCUGAUGAUUGACAAAAUUCACGAGUGUGAAAAUGAGAUUCUCCAGCAAAGCAAAUAUAUAGCAGAAAAGGAACAGCAAUUGUCAGAAAUAAAAUCAAAGCUAAAUCAAGAACAAGAGCAGCAGAAGAAAUUGACUGACAGCAUCCAAGAGCUUGAAGAAGAGUUGAUGAAGAAAAUGGAAAUAAAAGCUUCAAAAAAUAAAGCUGCCGAGGAGAAAGUGGAAAAAGUGAGCAAGAUUAAAGCAUUGUUUAAAGAGCAUCUUGCGUUGGAGAUGCGUAGAAUUCCGGAUGAGCAAUUACAGUUCAUAUUCAGACACAUUGACCGCAAAGAUCCUGAUAAGCCGUACAUUUGUACCCUUUCCAUAAAUGAACAAGGGGACUAUGAAGUGACUUCCUGUACUCCUCCUCUGGACUGUAUGGCAGAGUUACAGCUUAAACUGAGAGAAACUAACAAUUUUUCUGCAUUUGUUGCCAACAUCAGAAAAGCUUUCACUGCUUUAUCAUAUAAACAGUCUGCAUGAAUCUGGUUUGUACUUCUCUUUCUGGCUAAUAAGAGUAGAGCACUCUUACUCCCUUCCUGUUGGUGAAAUGGUGUAUUUAUCCAUGUCUGACUCUUAAUUUCUAAAUAAAGAUAAUGAAAGCACUAUUUUAGUCUACUGUUAUCUGGACACAUUUUGGAUCAUCCUUUGAACAAUAGUAUCACCAACUACUGCCUUAAAUGAAUGUCUCUGAACAUGUAAAUUUUGAUCGAUUACAUGCAUUAAUGAUGUAAUGGUUUGUAUUUAGCUGCCCCUGGAGGUAAUCAAAAUAAACUACCUUCUGUAGUUCGUGUAUCUUUUCCAAAAGCAUUGAUGUCUCUUUCAAGUUUAUGUGUAGUUGAAAUAGGCUUGAAACCUAUUAAAAAAAAAGUGUGCUGAAGCUUAGCACUUACUUCAGUUACUUGUGUCAUAGGUCAUUGUCUUGAUUUUUACCCUAACUUGUACUCUACAGUGUUAGCAUUUCUAUUCAUGCAUCUAAAUGGUUGUUUUUCUUCUGGUCUGUCAAACUUUGUCAUUGGAAAUCUUUUGACAUGGCAAAGUCUAUAUUACACUGUAUCAUGUAUUAAAGUACAAUGAAGUAUAAUGUAUUCAAGUAUGAAAUAGAGUGGUGACAGAUAAAUCAUGUGUGUAUUUUGCAUCUUACCAAGAAGACUAUUAUUACCACAAUGCUCAGCUUUGAUUGAAAAUGUUCUUUUUCUAUCCUGCAAACUGUUUUCAUUUUUACAGAAUAUUUAAAAGGACUGUUGCAACAAGAAAGAAAAUGCUUCAUUUGAUAAUAUACCAUAGUUCAAAUAAAGUCUUGACUAAGUUCA